CCAUAAAAUUUUAAAAAAUGACGUAACCAUAUCAAUAUCUUUAUUAAUUUUAUAUCUAAAAAUAUUAUCAAAACCUGAUUCAUAUUGUGAGUUGUGUAUGGUAACGAAUGAUUUUUAAGUGAAAGUUAGCUUGCUGUUUUUUAAAACCCACAAGUAUUAGCCUCAUAAUGAUGUAUUGACUAUCAACAACCACUCUUGUCAGGAUAUAAUGCCAUGGAUGGUACUGUAAAGUGACAGUAAGGUUUGGCGAUGACAAAGUUUGGCCAAGAAAAUGGACUCUAAAUUAUAAGUUCCAAAACAUAAAAAUGUUGGGACUGAGUACUGAUGAUAAACACAGGGUGGAAAUAUCUUUAAUAGCCAGUAACCAAUCAAUUUCAACCAAAAAUUCAAGUGAUUAUAGAAAUGGCAGAAAUCAGACACUACAAAAGUAAAUCAUCAAGAAGUUUCAGGGAAGAAGCAAAAAAAAACAAAUCAAGAAGAAAGCAUCACAGGGACACAGACACAAAACACCAUUAUUCAGAUGCCAAAACUCCACCGCUUCCAGCAACUAUAGAAGAUUUAUUAAAAAAACGGGAUUCUCUUAAAGAAGAGCUUACAAAAAUAUCGGAUAAUAAUAUAAGAGUUGUCAUGACUGAACAUAAAAUUUAUAAUAAAGAUAACUCUAGUAGAGUACACUGUAAAAGACAUUCAAAUGAUAAAAACAAACCCACUUCUUUGCAAAAAAAGAGCAGAAAAUCUUCUGAUGUUUCUCCGGAGCUGAGCCAUGAUUAUACACAUUUAGAUUCAGAAGAUGAAGAAAGCAUUAUAGAAAAACGAAGACUACAACGCAAACAACUAUUAGAAAAACUAGUAACCUCUUGUAAUGAUAAACAUAAAGGUGAUAAAUUAAUAGAGAAUAAACAAAUUAAGAAAACUAAUAAUGAGGUGCAGGAAAAAAAAAUUGCUUCAAAACCCAAGCCUUUUCCUAAAGAAGUACCAGACAUGUUUUCUGAAAAGGAUGAUUUUGGUGUCCACAAUAUAUCAGAUCAUGUAAAACAGGAUAAGGACAAUAAUGUACAAUUAACAGAUAAUUGGGAUGAUUCAGAUGGAUAUUACAACACCACUAUUGGUGAUAUAAUUGACAACAGGUAUACUAUCAAAGGUAUAUUAGGACAAGGGGUAUUUGCAAAUGUUGUUCGUGCUCAAGAUAACAAAAACAAAGAUACUAAUGUUGCUAUCAAAAUUAUUAGAAAUAAUGAAAUGAUGUACAAAGUUGGUUUAAAGGAAAUAUCACUUAUCAAAGAAAUUAAUAAAGCAGAUCAAGAUAAUAAAUAUCAUUGUGUGCAAUUAAUAUCUCACUUUAAACACAAAGGUCAUCUGUGCCUGGUUUUAGAACCGUUGUACAUGGAUUUAAGGGGGGUGAUCAAAAAGUAUGGAAGACAUGGAUUGAAUAUGAAGGCACUCAUGAGUUACAGUAGACAAUUAAUGUUAGCUUUGAGAUUACUUAAAAAACUUGGAAUUCUGCAUUCUGAUAUUAAACCUGAUAAUAUUUUAGUUAACGAAAGGAAAAACAUAUUAAAAUUAUGUGAUUUUGGAUCUGCAUCUAAACUUAAUGAAAAUGAACCUACACCUUACCUAGUUUCAAGGUUCUAUAGAGCACCAGAAAUAAUACUAGGAUUACCAUAUAACCAUGGCGUUGAUAUGUGGUCAGCAGGGUGUACCAUUUUCGAAAUGGCAACUGGUAAGAUACUGUUUACUGGUAGUUCAAAUAAUAAAAUGUUAAAAUGCUUCAUGGAUUUUAAGGGAAAGAUUCCUAGCAGGCUAAUAAAAAGAGGAAAAUUUAAAGAUCAACAUUUCAAUUACAACAAUAAUUUUCUGAUGCAUAAAAGAGAUGAAGCAACACACAGAGAAAAACAUGUUGAAAUAACCAAUAUUACAGCAACAAAGGAUCUAUACACAGAAAUGCAAAAAGCUUGUAAAAAUCUAACAGCUGAAGAGGAAAAGAAAUUGCCCCAACUAAAAGAUUUCCUUGAUAAGAUCUUCAUGUUUGAUCCCAACCACAGACCAUCUAUAUUAGACUGUCUGAAACACCCUUUCAUUCGAGCAGAAUUAGAAAAAUAACAGGGGUACAUUUAGUUCAAUAUUAAAAAUAAAAUUCUGUAAUAAUUUAA